AUGGCGUCCAGGAGACUCGCUUUUAACCUCGCGCAGGGCAUGCGCAGCCGUGCCGCAAAUUCUGCCAUACGACCAUUACGAAGAGGUUUUGCAACUCCGGUGACGUCUCCCGUUGGCGCGAAGACCCAGACCACAACAUUGAAAAAUGGUCUAACGGUCGCGACCGAAUACUCGCCUUGGGCGCAGACUUCGACGGUGGGAGUAUGGAUUGAUGCCGGUUCGAGGGCCGAGACGGACGAGACAAAUGGAACCGCACAUUUCCUAGAACAUCUUGCCUUCAAGGGCACCCAGAAGAGAACUCAGCAACAACUAGAGCUCGAGAUUGAGAAUAUGGGUGGUCAUCUUAACGCCUAUACCUCGCGUGAGAACACCGUCUACUUCUCCAGAGCAUUCAACUCCGAUGUUCCUCAGUGCGUCGACAUCCUCGCCGAUAUCCUACAGAAUUCCAAACUUGAGCCCUCCGCCAUCGAGCGAGAGCGUGAUGUCAUUCUCCGUGAAUCAGAGGAAGUUGAGAAGCAGCUUGACGAAGUUGUCUUCGAUCACCUUCAUGCCACCGCCUACGCUCACCAGCCUCUCGGCCGCACUAUCCUUGGACCUCGAGAGAACAUCCGUGACAUUACCCGAACCGAGUUAACCAACUACAUCAAGACCAACUAUACUGCUGACCGUAUGGUCCUCGUUGGUGCUGGCGGUAUUCCUCACGAUAAGCUUGUCGAGUUAGCCGAGAAGAACUUCUCCAGCCUUCCUACUUCUUCGCCUCACACCGAAGCCUACCUCCUCUCCAAGCGAAAGCCUAGCUUCAUUGGUUCCGAGGUUCGAAUCCGAGACGAUACCAUCCCAUCCGCCCACAUCGCUCUUGCCGUUGAGGGUGUGAGCUGGAACGACGACGACUACUUCACUGCUCUAGUUACCCAGGCCAUCAUCGGCAACUAUGACAAGGCCAUGGGCAGCGCACCUCACCAAGGCAACAAGUUGAGCACCUUCGUUCACCAUAAUGACCUAGCCAACAGCUUCAUGAGCUUCUCCACAAGCUAUAGCGAUACGGGUCUAUGGGGUAUCUACCUAGUGAGCGAUCAACUUACCCGUCUUGACGACCUGGUUCACUUCACCCUUCGGGAAUGGUCUCGCCUUUCUAGCAACGUCACUGAGUCCGAAGUCGAGCGAGCAAAGGCUCAACUGAAGGCAUCAAUUCUCCUUUCCCUCGACAGCACAUCCGCCGUUGCGGAAGACGUCGGUCGACAACUCGUCACAACUGGCCGUCGCCAGAGCCCUGGUGAGAUCGAGCGUGUCAUCGAUCACAUCACGGAGAAGGACGUAAUGGACUUCGCUCGGAGGAAACUAUGGGACCAAGACGUGGCCAUCAGCGCUGUCGGCAGCGUCGAGGGCCUUCUCGACUACCAGAGAAUCAGGAACGACAUGAGCCGAAACUUUUAG